GGCGCCGUCAGGGGAAGCAACGCGGUGGAACACCCGACCAGCUUUGAUGAAUUGCUUCGAUGUGGAACUUUUUAGAGGUGUAAAACAGAUUUAAUAAGAGUUGUGGACUCGGUUUGAAACAUUCAACUGUUUUUGUGCGUGUUCGUCCACAAUGUCUCUCUCGGCUGUGUUUGUGUUGGACCUCAAGGGGAAGGUGUUGAUAUGUCGCAACUACAAGGGCGACGUGGACAUGGCGGAAAUUGACCGCUUCAUGCCUCUGCUGAUGCAACACGACGAGGAGGGGCUUAUGUGUCCUGUGAUGUCGCAUGGCAACGUUCACUUCAUGUGGAUCAAACACAGCAACCUCUACUUGGUGGCCAUGACCAACAAGAACUCAAACGCCUCACUGGUGUACUCCUUCCUCUAUAAACUUGUCGAGGUGUUUACAGAGUAUUUUAAGGAGCUGGAGGAGGAGAGCAUUCAGGACAACUUUGUGGUCGUCUACGAACUCCUGGACGAGCUGAUGGACUUUGGAUUCCCUCAGACCACUGACAGCAAGAUCCUUCAGGAGUACAUCACACAGGAGGGCGCCAAACUGGAGGUGGCAAAGUCCAAGGUGCCGACCACGGUCACCAACGCUGUUUCCUGGAGGUCUGAGGGCAUCAAAUACAAGAAGAAUGAAGUUUUCAUCGACGUCAUCGAGUCCAUCAAUGUGUUGGUGAAUGCCAACGGCAGUGUGAUGAGCAGCGACAUCGUGGGCAGCAUCAAACUGAAGACCAUGCUGUCAGGGAUGCCCGAACUGCGACUCGGCCUCAACGACCGAGUGCUCUUCGCUCUUACCGGACGUGACAAGGGCAAGACGGUGGUGAUGGAAGAUGUCAAGUUCCACCAGUGCGUACGUUUGUCACGCUUCGAGAACGACCGCACCAUCUCCUUCAUUCCUCCAGACGGGGAGUCUGAGCUUAUGUCCUACCGCAUCAAUACCCAUGUGAAACCGCUGAUCUGGAUUGAAUCAAUCAUCGAGAAGUUCUCUCACAGCAGAGUGGAAAUCAUGGUGAAGGCAAAGGGCCAGUUUAAGAAACAAUCUGUGGCAAACAAUGUGGAGGUGAGGGUUCCUGUCCCCAGUGACGCCGACUCGCCAAAGUUCAAAACCAGCACGGGCCACGCCAAGUAUGUACCGGAGAAGAACCUGGUGGUGUGGACCAUCAAAUCUUUCCAAGGAGGCAAAGAGUUUCUCAUGAGGGCUCACUUCGGUCUGCCCAGCGUGGAGAAUGAUGAGCUCGAGGGCAAACCUCCCAUUACUGUCAAAUUUGAAAUCCCUUACUUCACUGUCUCGGGAAUACAGGUGCGAUACAUGAAGAUAAUAGAAAAAAGUGGUUAUCAAGCGUUGCCGUGGGUCCGCUACAUUACGCAAAGUGGAGAUUACCAGCUACGGACCAAUAUGUAAAGCCUGACGAAGAAGAGCAGUUAAUCGCGUGAAGUCGUCAACUGAGAGACGGCCUUUUCAGUUUCACAGGAGCUAUUUAAUGUCUCACAUCUUGGUUGUUGACAUCUUUUUGGAAGUGGAUUAAAAUUUUUCUGAACGUUUAAAGCUUGUAAAAACAAAUAAAGCACAUUUAUUCAAAAUGA